GGAAAUGGACACAUGCACGCAUGCACAGCUCAUUUCCUUGGGCUAACAAAUACCCCACUACAAACCAAAUUAAAAAAAAAAUUAAAAAAGGAAUGAAAACCAAGCCUGAAACAGCCAGCUGUUAUCCUAGCUCCUGGCAUUUGUGAUCUCAGGUUACUUUCUGAAACCUACCCAAUAUGCCAGUCACAGUUGAUUCAUUUAGUAUAACAAGGCACAGCAGUAUGUUUUGAGGUUACUUAGGAAGUGGUUAUUUUAUGAAAUGCAUCCCACCUCAUUACUACAAGAAAUCCUUAACAGCAGUUAUCAGCUCUCAUCUGUUCCUUUACAGAUUCUACUUUAUAUAAACGGGUUUUAUUACAUCUUUUACUUCUUGGCGACUCUUGCAAUGAUUGUUUAUAAAAGUCAAGUUUUCAGUUAUCCGGAUAAUUUUUUGGCUCCUGAUCUUGCACUGCUUUUCAUUAUGGCCAUUCUGGAAGCACUCCGAUUAUACUUGGGUUCAAAGGGAAACCUGACAGAAGAAGAGGCUCCAUUAGGGCUCAGUCUUGUGAUAACGGUCGGAAGUGUGAUUCUGUCUGUGUACUUCCUGAUAUGGCAAACUUACGUGCUGAAAGCAGAUGUCAUUAUAAACGCCGUUCUUCUCUUCACGUACGGGCUUGAGUCAGUACUACAGGUCCUGGCUAUUGCUGCCUUUGUUGGCUAAAACCUAGCUGUGUGGCACAGCAGGUUUGCAACACAUUUCUUCCUUUAAAGGGUGUUUUUUACAUUUCAAAGAUUUGAUUCUUUUGCAUAUAAAAAAUCUGUAAAGCUUUCUCCUGUUUAAAUUAUUGUUUUUGGCAGAGAUCUCCCCAGAUGGUAGGUAAGAUACCACAAGAUAAUAUUGCAGCUGUGUUACGUUGUAUCACUAAUUAGCAUAUGUAUGGGCAAACACCAGAGAUGAUUCAGCAAAAAUGCCUGAUGUUCGUCAGGAAUCGAUACUAAAUGCUCACUCCCAACACACAAGAGUAGCCAAUGCAUCAUAUAGCGACGUGUCAUUGAGAUUGCAUGAGUUUUCACAGCAAGGCAGCAACGUACAACCAAAGUGACACAGAAGUGAAUCAGGCCAGCAUAGCAUGGACUCAUUUCUGCCUUGCCACAUACACUUCUGUGUGUCAGGGCACAAUUUUGCUUUAUUAUACAUCUUCUGCUCUCAUUUGUGUUUUCAGACCCCAGUGGUAAUUUCCCUGACUUUAGUAGGGCAGUACCUGAUUUAUCCCAGUGGGAGAGAGUCGAAUUGAGUUUUGCUCAUACUUGGAGAGCUGAGGUUUGGGCAGCUGGUUCUUGCUGAUGUGGAGGCCAAAGGCAGUAGUGUGAGUAGUUUGUUUAAAUAGGACAGACCUAAGAUGAGCAUAAACAUUCACCAUUCACACACCCUUGUGUCCUGUUUGAAAGCCCAACAGAAUGUUGUCAGGUGUAUUUCUAUCUAGCAUAAAAUGGAUUUAUAUCCGUGAUUCUGCAGAAAGUACUGCAUUCCAGCCUCUUUUAUUAAAUGAAGUACUGAAUGCAAUUUCAGACUUUUUUCUACUCUAUCAAAAAUAUGCAAUAACAUGUAGCUUGGGGAGUCUGUGGCGUUUGUACAAGCAGUUUUUGUAUUCAGAAUUUCUUAUUUUUGUAUUUAUUUAUUCAAAUAAAUAAUGUGUUAGAUCUAAGAA